UAGCCACCAUGCUUCAUGCUAACAUUGCGCUAGUUUUUGACACAUCUUCUUAACUGGUUAGCAUGAAACAGCGAAUGUCUGUGUGUUCAUCUCAUAGAUGUUUGAUGGUGCGUCCGCUUCAAGCUGCUUCUACUCUGUAAGGCAAGUUGUGACAAACCUGCCUGUUUGGGUAGAUUAGCAACAAGGCGAAUAUCAGAAGGUCCCUUUAAGUUCCCUGGUGGCCCUGCACCUACGCAUUUACUUUGUGUGUCCCCCCCCCCACGCCACAGUGCCUGCAGUUCGGCGAGGGCUCGGUGACAGGCGACAUGUGCGAGGACCUGUGCGUGGUCGGCCUGGUCGAGUACAAGCGCUGCCUCUAUUACGAGAACGGGAAGAAAGUGAUCGAGGCGCGCUGGAGGGGAAGCCCCGUCAUCCUCAAGUCCAAGCUGGAGAACUUCACCUCGUACGAGCCGCUGGGGAUACUGGACUACCAGGUGAGGGCCGGCGGCUCCCAGGAGGGGACGGGGGGGGGGGGGCCCUCUGACUCACGGCGUUCUCUCCAACAGGACACAGGGGAGGAGCUCUCGCCGCUCGAUGUGGGUUUCUACGCCACUCUGGAGGUACGAAACUCUUUGGGGCUGGCUGAGGGUGACGAGGACGAAGACGAAGGAGGAGGGGGGGGUAACAACUCCCUGGCCAGGCUAUGGGAGAAGAAGCUGAAGAGCAGAGAUAGAAGUUACUCCCGAGCAGAGCUGGCUUCCCUCUGGUCUCUGCUGCAGCAGGAGGAGUACACCUUCCUCAGGUAAAGCCACCGCUAACUGCUACCCGCUAACCCCAGCCACAAACCGCAAGCCACUAUCUGCUACCCGCUAAGCCCUAGCCACAAACCGCUAACCACUAUCUGCUAACCCCUAGCCACAAACCGCUAACCACUAUCUGCUACCUGCUAAGCCCUAUCCACUAACCGCUAACCACUAUCUGCUACCUGCUAAGCCCUAGCCACAAACCGCUAACCACUAUCUGCUACCUGCUAAGCCCUAGCCAAAAACCGCUAACCAGUAUCUGCUACCUGCUAAGCCCUAGCCACAAACCGCUAACCAGUAUCUGCUACCUGCUAAGCCCUAGCCACAAACCGCUAACCAGUAUCUGCUACCUGCUAACCCCUAGCCACAAACCGCUAACCAGUAUCUGCUACCCGCUAACCCCUAGCCACUAACCACUAUCUGCUACCUGCUAAGCCCUAGCCACAAACCGCUAACCACUAUCUGCUACCUGCUAACCCCUAGCCACAAACCGC